AUGAUCUGUACUAGCUGUCGACUCAGACUACUCACCCGCCUUCGAUUUCCUCAAUCCUCACACUCGUCCAGUCUUCGAUAUGCUUCCACAAUACCUGACACACCGAACGCUGGUCCAAUUCAAGCUCCUUCCUCAAUUGCGGUAGAGGGUGCGAACCCAACACACUCCUCGAGAACCUCUGGAAUAUCCCAGCCCUUGUCUGAAGCGCAUACUCCGUCAACCUCAACUGCGAAGGCGGCCGCAGCGAAAGAACCGAAGAAACCGGCGAAAGUCAAGAGCUCAGUACCCGGGGGCGAAGUCCUGAAGGGUCUUGGGUACACGAAGGCGCAACCGCAGAUACUGGCUAAAGAGGACCACGAGUAUCCCGAGUGGCUGUGGACGCUGUUGGACGAUAGCAAAAUGGCUACUGGAGACACAAAGGUUGAUCUAUCAGCAAUGACCAAGAAACAACGAGCUCGAUAUGAGCGCCAACAAGAAAAGCUACUGAAAGACCUACCCGUCAACAUUCCACCCCAUGAGCAAAGUAAAGACUUGACGGGACCUGGUGACGAUGCUGUCACCAGUCUACAGCGGAGACACGAGAUAACGAAAAGCGCACGGGCGGCUAGGAGGAAGAGUAUCCGCGAGAGCAAUUUCUUGAAAUCCAUGUAA